UCGCAUCAUCCGAUCCGACACCACUGCCAUGGUUAGCUGCUGCUGCCGUCUCAAGGGCUGCUUCACUCCUGCUUAGCGGCUGGAAACGACGAUAGAAAUACUGCGUGUGUUUUGUUUUGUUUUGUUGUUGAAGGGACUAUUUCAUUUUUUUCUGGGAAUCAUACAAGACCUGGAUAUAAAACGAAGGUUUUGUUCGUUUGGAUCGAGGUGUGUGUGAGGAGCUCGGCUGUCUUCUUGGGUCGGCUUGGGGGAGAAAAGCCACUGCGUAUCAAAUAGCAGGCGUUAAAAUAUGCUGCAGUGAGUUCGGAGCUGAAUCUUAACUGAAGCCUCAGCAUGUCUAUACUGCUGAUGGUGGGUGUCGCGAUGUGGGGGGUCGGGGUCCAAGGGGCCAUGUGUCCCGGAGGGGUCCUUGGUAACUGCCCUACCCAGCAGAGCAACACCUCCGGCGGGGGUGAGACCUCCAGGGAUUACUGUUACACCGCCCGUAUCCGCUCCACCGUGCUUCAGGGCCUGCCGUUUGGAGGAGUGCCCACCGUCCUUGCACUCGACUUCAUGUGCUUCCUGGUACUCCUGUUUGUGUUCUCCAUCUUGAGGAAGGUAGCGUGGGACUACGGCCGCUUGGCGCUGGUCACUGAUGCAGACAGACGGAGUCAGCGAUACAGCCGUCUGGACGAACAGGAAUAUGUGGCGUCUGCCAUAACGUCAGACCUUCCCGAUCGCUACGAACGCCUGACCUCUGUCUCCAGCUCAGUGGACUUUGAGCAGAGAGACAACGGCUUCUGCUCCUGGUUAACAGCCAUCUUCCGCAUAAAGGAUGAGGAGAUCAGGGAGAAGUGUGGGGAGGAUGCAGUGCACUACCUCUCCUUCCAGAGGCACAUCAUUGGUCUGCUUGUGGUGGUGGGCGUGCUCUCAGUGGCCAUCGUCCUGCCAGUCAACUUUUCAGGAAAUCUAUUGGAAAAUGAUGCCUACAGUUUUGGACGUACCACUUUAGCCAAUCUGGAUGCCAAUAACAUGCUGCUGUGGCUCCACACCACCUUUGCGUUCCUCUACCUGUUGCUGACCGUGUACAGCAUGAGACGACACACCUCCAAGAUGCACUACAGAGAGGACGAUCUGGUGAAACGCACUUUAUUUGUCAAUGGGAUCUCCAAGUAUGCAGAGGAGAAGCACAUCAAGCAACACUUUGAACAGGCCUAUGAAAACUGCAGCGUUCUAGAGGCUCGUAUCUGCUACGAUGUGGCCAAGCUGAUGUCCCUGAACUCAGAACGGAAGAAGACCGCGCGUAGCAAGAAGUUCUUUACAGACCUGCAGUCCAAGGAGUACAUCCCCACUAUGAUCAACCCCAAACCCUGUGGUCAUCUCUGCUGCUGUAUCAUCAAGGGCUGUGAGCAGGAGGAGGCCGUGAGUUACUACACCAAGCUGGAGUCCAAGCUGAAAGAGGAGUACAGGAAGGAGAAAGAGAAGGUCAACAGUAAACCCCUGGGAAUGGCUUUCGUUACCUUCCAGAACGAAGCCAUGACCGCUAUUAUCCUGAAGGACUAUAAUGCCUGUAAGUGUCAGGGCUGCCAUUGUCGGAGGGAACCCAGGUCUUCUACCUUCAGCCAGCACCUUCACACAUACUCCUGGACGGUCGGCUACGCGCCAGACCCACAGAACGUCUACUGGGAGCAUCUGUCAGUAGGAGGGUUCCCCUGGUGGCUGAGAUGCUUCAUCAUCAACUGUAUCCUCUUCCUCCUCCUCUUCUUCCUCACAACCCCUGCCAUCAUCAUCUCCACCAUGGACAAGUUCAACGUCACCAAGCCUGUCGAGUACCUCAACAACCCCAUCGUGACUCAGUUCUUCCCCACCCUGCUGCUGUGGGCCUUCUCAGCCCUGCUACCCACCAUCGUAUACUACUCUGCCUUCUUCGAGGCCCACUGGACACGGUCUGGAGAGAACAGGACCACGAUGCAUAAAUGUUACACCUUCCUCAUCUUCAUGGUCUUACUGCUGCCCUCUCUAGGACUCAGCAGUCUGGAUGUUUUCUUCCGAUGGCUGUUUGACAAGCGCUUCCUGGCUGAUGCCGCUGUGAGGUUUGAGUGUGUGUUCCUGCCUGACAACGGGGCGUUUUUCGUGAACUAUGUCAUCGCGUCAGCGUUCAUCGGUAACGCCAUGGAUCUGCUGAGGAUCCCUGGUCUGCUCAUGUAUAUGACCCGGCUGUGUCUGGCUCGCUCUGCUGCCGAGAGACGCAACGUCAAGAAGCACCAGGCGUAUGAGUUCCAGUUCGGGGCGGCCUAUGCCUGGAUGAUGUGUGUCUUCACUGUGGUCAUGACAUACAGCAUCACCUGUCCAAUCAUCGUCCCCUUCGGUCUGAUGUACAUGCUGUUGAAACACCUGGCAGAUCGCUACAACAUGUACUAUGCCUACCUUCCCUCCAAGCUGGACAAGAAGAUCCACUCUGGGGCCGUGAACCAGGUGGUGGCAGCACCCAUCCUCUGUCUCUUCUGGCUCCUGUUCUUCUCCACUCUCCGCACAGGUUUCUCAGCACCUACCUCUAUGUUUACCUUCUGCGUCCUGAUCAUCACCAUCAUCGUCUGCUUGUCCCAUGUCUGCUUUGGACACUUCAAAUAUCUCAGUGCUCACAACUACAAGAUUGACGUGGAGAAUGUGGAUGGGGUGGAGAACGGUCGUGCAGCACGAACCUCUCCCUCCAAUAAGUCAGCACAGAUGUACAUUGCCUCGGUGCUCCAGGAUCCCAGCUUAGACGAGCUGGGUUCGGCUGGCAGCGGGGUCAGCGAAGGCUCGCAGGACGAGGAGAUCAUCCAAGUGGGGAACAGCCUCAAUGAGGCCGACUUCCAGAGUGGCGAGGACAGUCUUCUCGCUAACGAGGUGCGGCACUGACGUGAGGGGAUGCCGGAGACAGUUGUCGGGAUGGAGACAGAGGAUGGGGAGAGAGAAGAAGAGACUCGGGUGUAAUGUGACUGACGGCAUGGAUACACUGAUCUAGUGAAUGAAGCUACGGAGCUGAAACGGACUGACAGACAGCUCUAUCAGACACGAAGAGACCACUAAAACCUUAAACACCUUGAGUCAAGAGAGAGACGGACUAUUUCUCUGUCUACACUAACGAACACAGCAACAAAAAUACCUUUCUCAUGCCUUUCACUCCUCUUCAGCUUAGGCCAUGGACAACAGUUCUCCAGCAUAUCAUUUCCCCCCAGAGAUUACACUAACACCAAAAUGCAAAGACGAGAGAGAGAGAGAGAGAGAGAGAGAGAGAGAGAGAAAGAGCGAUGGACUACUGUCUACAUUAACUAACAAAGGAAGACUACUUAGUAAAGAACUCAACAACUGCUUCACUAGGAUUCUCUUGCUAGGAUGCUACUCUGACACUCAGACUCCUGUAAAACACUGGGGCUAGGACUCUACUGUAGGACUCUACUGUAGGACUCUAGUCUGGCGCUAAGACUCUACUGUAGGACUCUACUGUAGGACUCUACUGUAGGACUCUACUGUAGGACUCUACUGUAGGACUCUACUGUAGGACUCUACUGUAGGACUCUACUGUAGGACUCUAGUCUGGCGCUAAGACUCUACUGUAGGACUCUACUGUAGGACUCUAGUCUGGCUCUAGGACUCUACUGUAGGACUCUACUGUAGGACUCUAGUCUGGCGCUAAGACUCUACUGUAGGACUCUAGUCUGGCGCUAGGACUCUACUGUAGGACUCUAGUCUGGUGCUAGGACUCUACUGUAGGACUCUACUGUAGGACUCUAGUCUGGUGCUAGGACUCUACUGUAGGACUCUACUGUAGGACUCUACUGUAGGACUCUACUGUAGGACUCUACUGUAGGACUCUAGUCUGGCGCUAGGACUCUACUGUAGGACUCUACUGUAGGACUCUACUGUAGGACUCUACUGUAGGACUCUAGUCUGGCGCUAGGACUCUACUCUCUCUGAUAUCUUCAUGACGAAUCUAUCUUUUCUGAUGGCAAAGUAAAGCAGGGACACUUAGCAGUAGUUAUCUCCUUCCAACUGUUGAUCUAGGAGCUGCCACUGAACUGAGCCUCGGGACUGUGAAGUGAGAACAGCCACCCGCUAAGAAAAACUGCACUGGGAGCCCCGCAAACACACUCACAACUGAGAUGGGAAGAAGAUUCUUGCACUUGAAAGAGAAUGAUAGGUGUGUGUCUGUGCCCUACACUGGCUUGGCUUAGUUGGGGUGAUGUGGCUGUGGCUCGCAUGUCUUUUCCUCCUCACAGAACCAUGAGUGGUGGUUUGCUAGAGGUCUAGAAUGGCCGCUCUGGCGUGCCUCGGACUUCACAGGGGUUGGAGGGAUCUUCAUUUCCCCUAAUCCUUUGCCUGUUCUGCAUUGCAUCCUCAAUAGUCUCUGCACGAGAGGCUGCUUCACAACAAGCGGCUUUAAAUGAGAAGACGGCGAUGAAAUGUCUGUCAGCGUCACAAUGUUAAGCCUGCUCUGGUCUCUCUCCUACUCUGUCCCGACCGUCUCCGGGUGGUUCCGGGUGGUUCCAGCCCUGUGUAAAAAAAAAAAAAAAAAGGAAGGUGGUCGCUAUGACGACGACCUCUGUAACAAACUGAACUAACACUCCCCUCACUGCUGUUUACUUUUUAUGUUUAGCUUUUUCAAUGUUGGUCAGCAACAAAAAAACUCGGGAUUUGUAAAAUAGUGUCUUUUAUUUUUAAUUGUAUUUAUUUUUUUAGGCAUGGUUAUUUUAAGUUGGUCUGAGAACUUUAAUUACUUAACUACUGUUUCGCCAUUUAAAAAUGACGUGAAUGGAUCAUGUAACAUGGAUACUGUACCUCGUAAACAACACAGUUACUCUGUCUUCUGGCCGGUUCUGCCCAGAGAAGUGGGACUGCGGCUCCAGACUGAGCCCUAAUGGAGCCCUAACAUAACUGAAGGUAGAAGACAGUCUAGAGCCCCUAGAGGAUAGGAGGAUGCCCCCAGGAAGCACAUAUGAAGUGGAUAUGACAGCCCACCCUGUACCUUGUUUUGUGUCCCACAACUAUGGUUGCAAAAUUCACAAAAUUGUCCCAGAGUUCCCAGGGUUUUCACAUCUUGGUUAGAAGUUUCUUGGAUUUCUGGAAAAACCCGAGGAACUUUGUGAAAGUUUCCGUAAUUUUGCUACCUCAGCCAUUCCUCCUCUCCCAGCCAGGAUUAUGUGGGACAAUGUUCCUAUGUAGAGGGAGGACUCGACCCUUGAACUCUUGGGUCUGUGACCUGUGUACAUGUAGUUCCCCCUGUUAAUAGGGGUGGCGUUCAGUAGGGGCCCAACGUUGGUGAACGUUCAGAUAUAUGUCAUGUAGAACAAAAUAUGCCUCUGAAAUGUAGAAAUAAGGAAUCAUGGCAACUCUAUUCAUGGCAUUUCUAUGUGCAACGUUCCACAACGUUUGCCUACUGAAUGUGACCCCUGGCCCUUGCUCUGACUGGCUCGUCUCUGUGUUCUAUCUAUCUCAUCCAACUGCUCUCAUAUCAUACAAGGUCCUAUACAAGACAAGCCUCUUUAUUUUGGUGUUUACGUCACUGUACUAAAGAUUGUCUGUUGGUUUGAACAUUUUAUUUUUUUUUGUGGGGGAGAAAAACUGGAUAAGAAAUAAUGAGAUUGUAGAGGAUAGUCUACGAGUUACCGAGUUCUGCCGACUCUAGAUGGGCUCUGAUUGGUUUAAGGAUGCCUAGCGUCAUCCAAUGACAACAGCGAGAUACUCUUAUCACGUAGUGGUCUAUAUUGUAAAAAAUUAAAGUAAAAAAUCAUCAUUGAUUAUUGAUAGAAAUGGCAUUAUACAGCUACAGUGCUGUAUUGUGCGUGGUGGGUUAAUAUGUUGACAUGUAAAACGUUUUAUAGCAAACAUCACAGCUCAGUCAGGACAGAACAGACAGGUGCAAUGUGGGACGCAGACAAAUGAGUCUUAAAUGCAGGAAGAUGUGAUCAACGGUUUUUAGAUGUUGGUAUUUUUUUAUGUUGUUUCACUUGAACAUCCUGGCAUACUAUCCGAUUUUUAUCGGUGAAAAACUAAAAUGGAUGACACCAACUGCAUUGUUUUUUAUUUGUCCUUCUCUGACCUUUUUCUUUCAGGUAAUUCUGUCGCCAUAAUCAUGAUGUCAAUGUUCUCUCUUCAAGUCGUUACAAUAUUCCACCGACAGAACCAAUGAUCAGCUUAGUUUUCCUUCCGAAGUGAGGCCUUCUGGCCGAACAGAUCUGGUUUAACCUCGGAGGGGGGUCUAUUACAAAGCAGAAUCAAUGACUUAAACAACUAUUAGAUAUAAUAAUGAUUUGAUUUUUCUGGGUAAUUUUAAAGAAAGAUAAACUCAGAUGUCCGUUUUUGGUUGUUGAAUCAACUAGACCAUUUCCCAUUUCAAGCUCAUCUUUCUAAAACGAUAAACAGUUAUUUCAGAAUAUUUAGGCAAGUUCGCUGGCUUAACUCAUUGAUCUUGCUUUUGUGGUAUACCCUUCUGAGCAUUGUCUGGUUUAGCCAGGCUAUGUGCAUAUAUCUCCUAUAUACUGUCAUUUUAGAGACAUUUCACUUGUCCUGUUCAAAAGUCUUGGUUCCACAUAGUGGAAACGCUUCAAUAAAUAUGAAACAAAUGUC